AGUGUUGGGGCUCGCGGGGUCGGGAUGGUACUCGUGCAACAAGCGGCAGGCUCGCGCGGCGCGGAUGCCGUGGCUCCUCGCGCGGGAUCCCAGCUGUGCCGGUGAGCGGGUGCUCUCUCUGCGGGGCGCGGGCCGGCCACGAGCCGCCGGAUUUACGGACCUGUCCCGACAACAGUCCCCUCGCGCCUCCUCGCGCUCCUGCGUUUUCCCGCUGCGUGACCGCACGGACCCCGGCGCCGGCAUGGGCGGGCGCUCCGGCCUGCCCCUCCGCGUGCUGUGGAUGCUCCACGCGUUCCUGGACCUUGCGGGCUCCCAGGAGAUUUACGCGCCGCACUCCAUCCGCGUGGAGGGCGACGUGACGCUGGGGGGGCUUUUCCCGGUCCACGCCAGGGGGGUCCCGGGGACGCCGUGCGGGGACAUCAAGAAGGAGAACGGCAUCCACCGGCUGGAGGCCAUGAUGUACGCGCUGGACCAGAUCAACGGCGACGACGAGCUGCUGCCCAACGUCACGCUGGGCGCGCGGAUCCUGGACACCUGCUCGCGGGACACGUACGCACUGGAGCAGUCGCUGACGUUCGUGCAGGCGCUCAUCCAGAAGGACACAUCGGACGUGAGGUGCACCAACGGGGAGCCUCCGGUGUUCGUGAAGCCCGAGAAGGUGGUGGGGGUCAUCGGGGCCUCGGCCAGCUCCGUGUCCAUCAUGGUGGCCAACAUCCUGCGCCUGUUCCAGAUCCCUCAGAUCAGCUACGCCUCCACGGCGCCGGAGCUGAGCGACGACCGGCGGUACGACUUCUUCUCUCGGGUGGUCCCUCCGGACAGCUUCCAGGCUCAGGCCAUGGUGGACAUCGUCAAGACCAUGGGCUGGAACUACGUCUCCACGGUGGCGUCGGAGGGCAGUUACGGCGAGAAGGGCGUGGAUGCCUUCAUGCAGCUCUCCAGAGAGGCGGGUGGAAUCUGCAUCGCUCAGUCUCUGAAGAUCCCUCACGACCACAAACCCUCCGACUUCGAUAAAAUCAUCCGCCAGCUGCUGGACACUCGGUACGCCAGGGCGGUCAUCCUGUUCGCCUCCGAUGAAGACAUCAGGGGCAUCCUGAACGCCAGUAAGCGAGCGGACCAAGUGGGUCAUUUCCUGUGGAUCGGCUCCGACAGCUGGGGCGCCAAAAACAGUCCCAUCCAGCACCUGGAGGACGCCGCGGUGGGAGCCAUCACCAUCCUGCCGAAGAGGGCCACCAUCAGCGGGUUCGAUGCCUACUUCACUUCGCGGACUCUGGAGAACAACAGGAGGAACGUGUGGUUUGCCGAGUACUGGGAGGAGAACUUCAACUGCAAACUGAUGAGCUCCUCCAAGAAGGACGAGAGCAGCAGGAAGUGCACAGGUCAGGAGCGCAUCGGCAUCGACUCAAAGUACGAGCAGGAGGGGAAGGUGCAGUUCGUCAUCGACGCCGUGUACGCCAUGGCCCACGCGCUCCACAACAUGCAGCGUGACAUGUGUCCCGAGAACUCCGGCAUCUGCCCCGAGAUGGAGAUCGCCGGGGGCAAGAAACUGCUCAAGUACAUCCGCAGUGUCAGCUUCAACGCAUUUAAGGAGCCUGGAGCUGAUAAUAGCGGCUAUGUGUUGGAGGCCAUGGUGGAGGGAGAAGUCGAAAAGGUCCAUCAGAGCCUCCUCGACCCCCUGCGCAGCGUGACGGCUGGUUCCCAGUGUAAUACAGGUGUAUACACAUGGAGGUCUCUGGGUUGUGUAGUAUGGCGACGCAAAGCGAAACCUGACUUCACUAAGAGUGCAGCAGGGUCGACGAUGAGGCUGCGACUGUUUCCGCCUCCUCCACCUAACGCCACCGUCCAUGAAGAAGACCUCAGAAGAGAGCAGCAGGUGUUCCUCCACGGGAGCUCAGAGUGUCGGAGCUGGGGGUCAGCAGCUCACACAGGCUUUAAACAAACCACUGACUCCGCCUCCUCGCCGAUGUUUGCCUUCGUCUGCUUGGAGAGGACAGAAGCUGCUCUCGCUGUUUCUGACGUGCGUCACCUCUUUGUAACGAAGCAAACACACCUGUGUGUGCAGCUCGCACCUGCGGAGGUCUCCGACCCCGAGACCGUGGUCAUCAGGGAGGAGUUCGUGUAUGUCAGGGUCGCACGCCAGACGCUGACAGGCGGCAGGAACCCUCACAUGUGCACACGAGCUGCAGUGACCAUCUCCAUGAACCUCAGCGCGUCCGUGGCCCUCGGCAUGCUCUACAUGCCCAAAGUCUACGUCAUCAUCUUCCACCCGGAGCUCAACGUGCAGAAGAGGAAACGAUCCUUCAAGGCCGUCGUCACGGCCGCCACCAUGUCGUCCCGGCUGUCGCACAAGGCCAGUGACCGGCCCAACGGAGAGGCCAAGACGGAGCUGUGCGAGAACGUCGACCCCAGCAGUCCAGCAGCUAAGAAGAAGUACGUGAGCUACAACAACCUCGUGAUCUAACGGCGCUCCUCCGUCACUGCGAGAUGUCUGAUCUCCUGCAAGAAGGACGAGCAACGGGAGAAAAGCGGCGACGUGCAGGACUUUUUCUUUCUCUUCUUUUGGUCUCAUGUGCUUCACCGCCCAUCGGAGACGUUCAGGUGCAAAGCGGAGCGCGGUGGGACGACCUCUGAACUCUGACCCCUCGGGGUCGAGAAAAGCUCCAGAAAUAAAAAUCUAAUUGUUUUGUCGUUGAAGUGAUGCCAGUGGUUGUGAGGU